AUGAAACUCCCACUCUCCUUCACCACCAACCACCAACCACUUCAACCCCGACAAUACGUCGCACCAGCACCCGCACCCGCAUGCAACUGUCUCAGCGGCGGCGCCAUCGCAGGCAUCGUCCUCGGCAGCAUCGCGGCCUUCCUGUUCCUCUGGUGGCUCAUCCGCUGCGCUUUUCUGUCUACUCGGGUAUCGCGACGAGAGCCAACGGUGGCCACCACGACUUACUACAACCGACCGGGCCGCAGCCGCAGCCACAGUGGGAGCUACUACAGUCACAGUCACGGAGGCAGUCGGAGCGGGAGUCGCGGGCGUAGGGGGUCGGCGUCGUAUUAUGGGGGCGGCGGGAGAUAUGUCGAGCGGCCGUCGAAGGUGUAUCUCUAG